AUGGGAGAAUAUUCCAGUGUGUACAGCUGGAUCUGGGACCGCAGCAAUCUUCGAUUGCGCCUCCAGCUGAUCCGCUGUCCACAUCAGAUGGGAGGACCAGAGUAUGAAGGCAGGAUCAUACUCUUCCCAUCUACUGGAUCUUUGGAGCUCAGGAGUCUCACUCUGAAUGACAGUGCGUCAUAUUCAGUUAUCAUUUUCCCAGCUGGUGCUACAGCACAGUUUGGGCGUACUACUCUGGCGAUAUACGAUAAAGUCUCCAAUGUGUCAGUAACUUCCAGCAGCACAGACUUGGUUGAGUUCAGUGGUUCUGUCUCUCUGUCCUGCUCUGCCUCUGGAUCCUCUCUCUCUUUCCUCUGGUUGAACGGCAGCUCUGAGGUUACAGCAAGUGACAGAGUUCAGCUCACUGAUGGAGGCUCCAGUCUGACUAUAAUCACUGUGACCCGCUUUGACCAGGGACCAUUCAGGUGUAGUGUGUCCAACCCUGUCAGUACUGGUACCAGUGAUCCAGUAAACCUCUCCAUCAGCUACGGUCCAGAACAUAUGAAUUUGAUCUUAUCUCCAUCACAAGGAUACUUUGCUGUGGGGUCAGACAUCAGCCUCACCUGCUCAGUUGGAUCCAGACCUCCUGCCCAGUUUAAGUGGUUUCUGAAUGGAGAUCAGCUGCCUGAUACUGGAUCAGAGAUCAGACUGAUGAAUGUUCAGAUGAGUCAGAGUGGAAACUACAGCUGUCAAGCCUUUAACGGCAAAACUCUGAGAUCUCAAACAUCUCAGCCUUCAGCCAUCGGUGUGCUGGAGAAAAUAUCAGCUUCUUCUGUCAAACCAUCAACAAACCUGCCAGUUGAGGGAACCUCUGUCAACUUAACCUGUGAGGCUUCUGGCUCAGUCUUAACCAGAAAAUGGAUGAAGGAUGGCUCAGAUCUGACCCCGACUGACAACAUGACCCUUUCUGACAAUAACAGAGUGUUGACCUUUGACACUGUGACUAGGAAAGACAGUGGAGAAUAUUUCUGUCAAAUCAGCAACCCCAUAAGCAGUGAUGGAGCUAAAUACGUCAUGACUGUUAAUUAUGGACCAGAAAAUGUUCAAAUCAAAGGUCCAAAUAAGAUAAAUAUCAAAGGCACCUUAAAACUGACCUGCUCUGCUGAAUCCACACCGUCUGCCAGAUUCACCUGGUUCUUAAAUGGGACAGAAGUACUCACCAAUUCUGCUGAGUACAUUAAAGAAGAGGUUGGAUUUUCUGACAGUGCCAACUACAUCUGUCAAGCAUGGAAUAAUAUAACUGAGAGAACAUCAUCAUCAGUGGUGCAGGGACUGACUGUAACAGAUUCAACAAAAAUCCUCAGAAACAAAAUACAGAACAAGAAGAAAAUAUGUAUGAGAACAUUUCCAUUACAAGAAAAUAACAAAUAUAAACUCAGUGAUGACCUUCCCUUUUCAAGAGUGAUGUCCAACGUGUGGACUGAGGCCUCUUGUCAGGACUGCAGGUGUUCCGCAGUGAUAACAGAAAUUCAGUUUGAAAUUAUAGUACUUACAGUUACAUAUCUAUUUAAAUUUAAUUAAAGUGGAAAUUUAUAAAAAGCUUCAAUUAAAACUGAUAACAGGAGUUUGUUAGUUUUAGUCGUUACUCUGACCUAAAAUUACUCCUCUUUGCGUCGCAUUUGCUUUGUAUGUGAAUCG